UGCAGAGUCACACACAGCUGCACUUGCUUCUCUUAAGGAAACGCCUGUGUGAAUAAUUCUUCAUUCUUCAGUCAUGGCUAAGAAAGUGGCACUCGUGCUUGCUGGCUGCGGUGUGUACGAUGGGAGUGAGGUGCACGAAUCCUCUGCAGUGUUUGUGCAUCUGAGCAGAGCGGGAGCACAGGUUGUAUUCUUUGCACCUAACAUAGAUCAGAUGCAUGUGGUUGACCAUGUGAAGGGACAGCCAACCGAAGAGAAGCGCAAUGUGCUUACUGAGAGCGCACGGAUUGCAAGAGGAAAUAUUAAAGACCUCAAAGAUCUGGAAAUUAGUGAAUAUGAUGCCCUUAUUAUACCAGGUGGUUUUGGAGUCGCAAAAAACUUAUCAACCUGGGCAGUGAAAGGAAAAGACUGCACGGUUUUACAAGCUAUGGAAGUUACUAUCAGGGGAUUCCAUGCUGCUAAAAAGCCGAUUGGUUUGUGCUGUAUAUCACCGGUCCUGGCGGCUAAAAUCCUACCUGGGUGUGAAUUAACAGUUGGCUGUGACACAGAAUGUGAAAAAUGGCCGCACGCAGGCACAGCAGACGCCAUUAAGCAGCUUGGCUGUAAACACGUCAACAAACAAGUCAGUGAAGUUCAUGUGGAUGCGAAAAACAAACUUGUCACCACCAGCGCUUUUAUGUGCAACAGCCCAAUUCAUGAGAUCUAUGACGGCAUCGGAGAAAUGGUUAAGGAUGUGCUGAAAUUAGCUUAAAUUAUUAAGGAAAAGUGAUUACUGUAAUUAAAUUAUAUUUAACUUUAGGUUAUUAACCACUUUGUAUUAAGAUAGGAAAGUGCCCUCUUUACAAACGAUACCAGAAUGCAUUGUCCCAUGUUUGGGACAUUUAUGUGAACCAAAAAUCUGAUUAAAUUAAGCAUCAAUACUUCAAAUGUAAUAGGUCAAUAGUAUUGUUUUGUUGUUGUUGUUCUAUAAAAUAAAGUUUUAUUAUAAAACCUUUA